GUCUACCCACGGAUAGCGCCGGCAUUUUGGCACUACCUGCGGGUAGAAGAGCAUGAGCAGCUCAGCUAUUCCUCCACAAGGUCCAAGGCUCCAAGUGUUAUCAUCACAGGUCUCAAGCCAGCCACCAAGUAUAUAUUUCAUAUCAGAGUCAGGACGGCAGCAGGAUACAGCGGCUAUAGCCAGAAGUUUGAAUUUGAAACGGGAGAUGAAACUUCUGAUAUGGCUGCAGAGCAGGGACAGAUUCUUGUAAUUGCCACUGCUGCUGUUGGUGGAUUCACUCUCCUGGUCAUCCUCACUUUGUUCUUCCUGAUCACUGGGAGAUGCCAGUGGUACAUAAAGGCCAAAAUGAAAUCUGAAGAGAAAAGAAGGGCUCAUUUGCAAAAUGGACAUUUACGUUUCCCAGGAAUCAAAACAUAUAUUGAUCCAGACACAUAUGAAGACCCUUCCCUUGCUGUCCAUGAGUUUGCAAAGGAGAUAGAUCCUUCAAGAAUUCGUAUUGAGAAAGUUAUUGGAGCAGGUGAAUUUGGAGAAGUAUGCAGUGGACGUCUGAAGACGCCAGGGAAAAGAGAGAUACCUGUUGCAAUUAAAACUUUAAAAGGUGGCUAUGUGGACAGGCAGAGGAGAGAUUUCCUGAGAGAGGCUAGUAUCAUGGGACAAUUUGAUCACCCAAAUAUAAUCCGCCUUGAAGGAGUUGUUACAAAAA